AUGAGCGACGACCAAGACCAAUUUAUUACUUUCUUUGAUUUCAAAGUAGAUGGUUCUGGAAUUACGCAGUUGCAUGUGAACCAAGUUACCCCUCGGAAGCUGUACUCUGUUACUAGUGUGUGGAGUCUGCUUCGUCCUAUCAAAAACGAUGAACCGCCGGUUAAAAACAUUCCAGAUGUGGUCAAUACCUUCCCAGAAUUUGCUGAAGUCUCCGAUUGUGCCUAUCACAUGCUCGACGGACAUAUUUGGAUUGGCCAUGACAUAAUCCGAUCCGACUAUCCAAGAUUGAAGAAAGCUUUUGCAGAAAUCGAUAAAGACCCUCCUGUGCCGAAAGAUAUAAUUGAUAUACGUCACUUCUUGAUGUCCGGGACGAAGCUUGCCGGACUUGCGGAUAUCUUAGGGUUAGGUCAUCCAGAACAGGAGAAAUAUCCUACCCUCGUGAAUGUUAGGGCUAUCAAGCUCUGUGAAGAGGCCAUGUCAAUAUAUGAGCCUGAUAUGUUGAAGAACUAUGUGGAUGGUCACUUCCAUCCCGUUGUUUCUCUUUUGAGAGAUUUUGCUGAUGGCUGGAAUGCGGUUGCUGCAACUAGGGAGUUACUACUUUCCCCGUAUCCUCCUUCUAUGAUGAAACCACUCAAAGUUUUCGAUUUUAUUUACACAAGAAGAUUGAUGAAUCUGAUUGGUUGA